UUUUUCCCUCAAAACUAAAGUCAUUGUCAAACGUUUUCAAAACCCUCACUCUGUCGCUCCAAGCCGCUUCCGUUUCUCCCUGUUCUUCGUCUCUCUUUCUCUCUCUCUCUCUCUCUCUCUCUCUCUCUCCCUCUCUCUCUCUCUCUGUCCCUAUUGAGGAGAACAAAACCCUACCCGUCUCUUGUUAUCCCCAGUGUUAGCCUUAAGUUUUGUUUUUUCGUCGCUUUGGUUGUGUUUUGUCUUCUGGGUUGGGUCCCUGUUGGGUUUUCGGUGCAAUGGUCCCUGGUUCCAGAACGGAGAGUGGCACUGGUACCCAUUUGCUCUCUGCGAGAGUGCGCAAAACCAUUCAAUCCAUCAAGGAAAUCGUGGGGAAUCAUUCUGAUGCUGAUAUCUAUGUUGCCCUUAAGGAAACCAACAUGGAUCCUAACGAAACCACUCAGAAAUUGCUCAACCAAGAUCCAUUUCAUGAGGUGAAGAGGAGGAGAGACCGAAAGAAAGAGAUUCAUAAUGUUGGGAACAAUGGUUCAGCUGACUUGCGAAGGCCAUCUGAGAAUAGUAGUGGUCAAGGAGUGAAAUUUCACACCCCUUCUGAACGCAAUGUUCGAAGAACAAACUAUUCUCGGAGUACUUUACCUGGCAUCAGCAGAGAGUUCCGUGUUGUUAGAGACAACAGGGUAAAUCAUAUUUAUAAAGAAGUAAAGCCUCUUUCACAGCAGCACUCAACAUCUGCCAGUGAGCUGCCAAAUGUAAACAUAUCUGAGAAGGGUUCAUCAGCCUCCACCAGUCAUAGGUCAUCUGGCUCAAGGAAUUCAUCACAGGCACUAAAUGGUCCUUCUGAUUCAUUUGUGAGAUACCCGAAAGAUGCCAUUCCAGAUACCGUUGAAAGAAAAAUUGCAUCUGAGGAUAAGGAUAAGGAUAAACAAAACAUGAUUUCCAAUGCAGCUGGACGGGUGCAACCAAUUAAGCCUAACCACAUCCAUCAAAAUCCAGCUACAGUGGCAUCAAGCAGCAGUUCUGCUGUUGGGGUGUAUUCCUCUUCAACAGAUCCAGUUCAUGUGCCCUCACCUGAUUCUAGAUCAUCAGGUGUUGUUGGAGCCAUUAGGCGUGAAGUUGGGGUUGUUGGUGUUAGGCGACAGGCUUCAGACAACAAAGUAAAACAAUCAUUUGCUCCUAGCAGCUCUUAUGCUGGUGGAAAAGAUGGUACAUCUGCAGGUUCUUUCCAAUCAGUUGCUGUCUUGAAGACUGAACAAUUUAGUCAAACUAAAGUAACUGAACCUUCAUCAUCUGGUGCGCCAGUUAGCAGACCAUCUGUGAACAACCAGUAUAAUAGUAGAUCACAUCAACAAAUUGUGGGACAUCAAAGAGUUUCCCAGCAAAAUAAAGAAUGGAAGCCUAAAUCUAGCCAGAAGCCAAACAGUAAUAGUCCUGGAGUAAUUGGAACCCCUAAAAAGGCUGCUGCUUCUGCUUCUCCUUCUCCUCCAGCAGAAAAUUCUGGAGAUAUAGAAUCAGAUGCAGCAGAACGUCAAGAUAAACUUUCCGAAGUAAAUAUAUAUGAGAACCAAAAUGUGAUUAUAGCACAGCAUAUUCGAGUUCCAGAGACUGACAGAUGCCGGCUGACCUUUGGUACCAUUGGGACUGAACUUGAUUCUUCAAGGCUUCAGUCUAAGUAUCACAUAAUAGGAGCUUCCGAAAAAUCAAAUGAUGAAUUGGCUGCAAGCUUGACAGUACCUGCUCAAGAGUUGUCCACUGAUGAUGUUUCUGGGAGCAAACAGGUGGAGUUACUGGAGGAACACAUUAGAAGUUCUGGGUCAGACUCGCCUGUAUCUGGUGCUGCUUCUGAGCAACAUUUGCCUGAUAACAAAGACUCUUCAAGCACUCAGGACAAUUAUGCUAACAUUGGGUUAGUUCGUGAUAGCAGUCCGUCCUAUGCACCUUCAGAACCUCAGCAGCAAGAUUCUCAUGAUAUGCCAGGCUUUGCGGCUUAUGAUCCUCCAACUGGGUAUGACAUUCCUUAUUUCAGACCUACAAUUGAUGAAACUUUACGAGGGCAGGGUUUAUCGUCUCCGCAGGAGGCUUUGAUCUCCCAUGGAACCAAUACUACUCCUGCUUCCACAAUUGCCAUGGUACAACAGCAACAACCUCCGGUGCCGCAAAUGUAUCCACAAGUUCAUGUUCCACACUUUGCUAAUCUUAUGCCAUAUCGUCAGUUUCUGUCCCCGGUUUAUGUUCCACCUAUGGCAGUGCCUGGAUAUUCAAGUAAUCCUCCCUACCCUCACCCAACCAAUGGCAACAGUUACUUGUUAAUGCCUGGAGGUGGUUCCCAUCUUAAUGCCAACAAUCUCAAAUAUGGAGUUCAACAGUUCAAACCUGUGCCUGCUGGAAAUCCUGCUGGGUUUGGAAAUUUUGCUAGUCCAACUGGAUAUGCCAUGAUAACUCCUGGUGUGGUUGGGGGUGCAGCACCUCUUGAAGAUUCAUCUCGUGUCAAGUACAAAGAUAAUCUUUAUGUCCCAAAUCCUCAGGCUGAGACAUCAGAAAUUUGGUUACAAAAUCCAAGGGAUCUUCCAGGAAUGCAAUCUGGUCCAUACUAUAACAUGCCCGGGCAAACACCUCAUGCAGCUUACAUGCCUUCACACACUGGUCAUGCUUCCUUCAAUGCAGCUGCAGCUCAGUCUUCUCACAUGCAGUUCCCUGGCAUGUACCACACUCCUCCACAGCCAGCUGCCAUUGCUAGUCCUCACCAUUUAGGACCACCAGCUAUUGGUAGUAAUGUUGGAGUUGGGGUAGCUGCAGCUGCUCCUGGACCGCAGGUUGGUGCAUAUCAGCAGCCCCAAUUGGGCCACAUCAAUUGGACAACAAAUUUCUGAGCUGGGAUAACACAAAAAGGAAAGUUAUAUUUAACCCCUAUGUGUACAAGGGACUGACUGAAAGUAGAUAUAGAAGAAAAAAGUCAGUUUUCAUUGUGAAAUGGAUGACUUAUGCUUUAAUUUUUUUCUCCCUUUUUACAAAUGCAAUGAGGCAUUAAUUUUCAGUC